CGAGUACCAGAGACACAGUCCAAUUCAACAGUGAUGACUCAGCUAAUUUGAGGUCAUAGGUCAAUUAACCUGACAACCACGUACAUGGCACUGCACCAUGUGUACACAUCAAGACCAAGGCUGGAUAAGUUCUCAUCCUAAGGUGUGUGAGAUCAAGGCCCAAGGAAUUGACAACUCCACUCAAACACACUGUGCAAUCCUUACCUACUUUGACCUUACAGAGGGUACAUCCUUACCGUUUAUGAAUCCCUUGUACCGUAAUCGUCUGAAAAUUUCUACUAAGUGUCUAUGCGAUAUGCAUGUAUACGAGUAAAGUUGUGGCAUGCAGUACAUAUCCAUGGAAACAGAGACUUACAAAUGGUGACCUUUAGUGGACAAAAAGCAGAGAAUGACUCCCUCUCCGAUAUACUGCCCCUGCCAGCGAGCACAGAAUUGUCCAUGGAGAGGAUAAAGCACUACUUUGCUGCUCUUCAUCCUCAAGCCUCUCACAUGGAACCGGAACCAAGUAGAAUGGAAGAGGGACCAUUCUGUGAGCUCAUUCCCAAACUAACCCUAGCUUUAGUAGACUCUGACUCAACUGUAGUGUAUUACAAUGUGUUCAAUGGAAUGCAGCCACCAAAAGAUGCAUCUGAAUCAAAAACAUGAUCAUUCAUGAAAUCACAGGACGAGAAAGCCACUUAUAGAAGACUAACAUCAAGAGUAUAAUUAUAAUUUAUACUCUUGAUGUUAGU